AUUUUUUUCCCCCCCUUGGAGUCCCUCUGUUUUGUCGGUAUGAUGUGGAGACUGGUGGUCCUCGGUGGGCUGUGCGUCCUUCUUGUGGGCGCUGAGAGCAGCAGCUCCGGGGGGAGGACGGUGACUUUCCGCCGGACUCAGCAGGAUGAGAGCCAAGUGCGCGCACGACCCAGGAGAGACACCAGCAGCUCAUCGGGCACCUCCAACCCUUCUCACGGUCCUCCCUUCACCUCCUGCCGGCUCCCCCUCACCCCAGCCGAACACAAGGUUCUGGAUGACAACACGCAUGAGACAGGGUUUAACGGUGAUGACGGCUCCUAUGUAAUUCUCACAUGGGUGGGCGAUGGUACAGGGGUGAUCCUCGUGCUAUCAACAAUCAGUGCACCGAUUGAUUCUUUCCUGGAAGGAGGCUCGUCUCGACUUUACCGAAGUACGGAUUAUGGCAAGUCCUUCCACGAUAUCUCCCUCCGCAUCAACCACACCUUCAUCAGGGAGGAGUUUGGAGUCAGCGUCGGACCAGGAAGCUCUGUGAUACUGACCGCAGACACACCGGUGGUCGACAACCCAGGUGGGAUUAUCUUCACCUCCACGGACGCCGGCGCGACUUUCAAGUUCAUCCAGCUGCCCUUCCACCUAGCUCAGCCGGUCACGUACCACUUCUUCAACCCCGACUACCUGGUGGCACUCAGCAUCGAUGGCAGCCUUUGGCUCUCGCUGGACUUUGGCGCCAAGUGGACAAAAGUUCAUGAUGGAGUGCAUUCUUUCUCAUGGGGGGCUGGCAUCCAUUUGUUCUUCAGCUGCACUCGAGUAGACACAGAUGACACGGAUGAACGAGGAGACUUAGUGCUGAAGAGGACAAAGGAUCUGGGGAAGACUUUCACCACAAUCCACGAGGACAUCUACAGUUUUGGCUACAUAGGAGCCUUUCUCUUCUUCUCCGUGAUGGAAGAGCCGAGAUCCCCUCGCGUCAUGUACUUCUCAUCAGACCAAGGAGACACCUUCAGUCGAGCUCUACUUCCUCCUGCAUCCACUGAGCAGUUUUACUCCAUCCUGGACGGGGACGAGGAUAUGCUCUUCAUGCAUGUGGACAACCCGGGAGACACCUUCUUUGGGACCAUGUACACCUCGGACGACCGCGGGAUCCUGUUCUCCAAAUCGCUGGAGCGUCACCUGUUUGACGGGCAGAGGACGAGCGAUUUCACCAACAUCACCUCACUGAGAGGAGUUUACCUCACGAAUAAACUAGACCUUGAUGGCCGUAUAAGAUCUGUCAUUUCCUUCAACAGAGGAGGGGCGUGGAGGCAACUUAACAAACCUGAGAAUGUGGAUUGUGGAGAUCAAGCCAAGAGUUGCAACCUUCAUAUUCACGGAGAACACAGUCGCAACAACCGAAUAGUCCCUAUGCUAGCUCUGUCUGAGCCAACCGCCAUCGGCCUGGUCAUCGCCCAUGGCACUGUGGGCGACUCUCUGUCGUCGUGGCAGCACCCAGAUGUGUUUGUGUCCUCGGAUGGGGGCUAUAACUGGAGGGGGACGCUGAGGGGUCCUCACCACUACAGCAUACUGGACUCUGGGGGUCUCAUUGUGGCUGUGGAGGCCCAGCGCGAAGGACAAGUCAAAACUAUCAAAUUCUCCACAGAUGAAGGCCAGUGCUGGAAGUCGUAUAACUUCACCGAGCAGCCCUUCUUCUUCGCCGGCCUGGCCUGCGAGCCCGGCACCAAGGCCAUGAACGUCAGCGUUUGGGGCUUCCGGCCUGAAGAGGACGGGCAGCCCAUGUGGGUGGCGGUCACCAUAGACUUCCAGAGCCUCAUCACCAGAGAGUGUGAUGACCAGGACUAUGAGGAGUGGUUGGCUCAUUCUGCACAAGAAACGGACUCGGAGAGAAACGGCUGCGUGCUGGGUGUCAAGGAGACUUACAGGAGGUUAAAGAGGAAGUCCGUGUGCAGAAAUGGGCGAGGCUUUGUGGUGAGCAAGAAGCAAAGCUCUUGCUUGUGCACCAGAGAAGAUUACCUGUGUGACUACGGCUACUAUCGUCACGUGAACACCUCAGAGUGCGUGAGACAACCGAGUGCCGCAAACAAAACUUUGGAGAUGUGCCUGAAUGGAGAAGAGGAUGAGUUACUAACAGCUGGGUAUCGCAAGGUGCCGAGUAAUCGGUGUGAGGGCGGAUACAAUCCUCAGCUGGCAGUGCAGACGGUCAUCAGGCCCUGUGGUGUAAAACCCAGCCCUGGUCCGCCUGACAAGUCCACAUCUUCAGUCACACACUUUGACACACCGCGAGAAAGGCUGGUGCUGAUCCUAGUGUGCGGAGGAGCAGGCGUCAUCGUCCUGGUAGCCGUGGUUUCCGCAGUAAUAGCUGUCAGGAGAGUGGUUUAUAGAAACAGGACACCUGUGUAUCGUUUUUCCAACCUGAGGAUCCAGGAUGACGAAAACGGCGUCACGGUCGACCACGAAAGUGGCACCAGCAGCAACGGUACGGCCUGCCAACAGGACUCAGAUGAUGAUCUUAUCGAAUGACACAUAUUUGUAAUGAAUAUUCAUGACUGUGCAGAAGAAGGCUGCAAGCUGCAUUUUGUUGGACUUUUCCUCAACAUUUCGAUGGGAUUCCCCCCAAUUCCAAGUUUUGAAUGGCGAAUAUGAAAAUGUUAAAUGUAUUAAUUUAUUGCGCUAACUUCAUUGUAUUGCUUUACUUUGCCUUCCUUUUAUUUGUACAGUAUUUUUUAUUUGAUCUUAUUGAUUUUUACCUUGUUUUGCACCAUCUUUUUUACUUCUGUUUAAUGUGAAAACAAACCUAAAACAAUCCUGAAAAUGUGCAUUUAUGACAAAACUAAAUUCUGCAUGUUAUUGUGUUCAUUCUGCUGAGUAUGUUACAGUUUUAAAUACACAAAAAUUUGUUUAAAUGCACAAUAAAUUUCUGCUCUAAAACUGACCAUCAGGCGGCGCUGGUGGGGCUGCAGAAUCUUUGAUCUGCUUCAAAAUGUAGCAGAGAAGAAGAAAGAACAGGAAGUUGAUGUAAACAAAGAUUGUAUCGACAGAUGUAUCACUCAGCCAAAAUAAAUGCUAGAACUGUUCAGUGCAGAAGUAAUGUAUGCUGGUAGGAGACACUGCAAAGAGAUUGCUCAUAAAUAACUGCUGCUUAUUGUAAUUUACACAUUUGAACUAUUUAUCAAAUCUCAUAAUGCUUAACUGUAGACCAACAGGAUACUUUAUCAUUUAGAUUUCGUUUUGGUUUAGAAAACUGACAUCUGUUAAUCUAAUAUAUAGCUGAAAAGUCUUGCAUAUUUAUUUACAAAAUGGCAUCAUUUUAAAAGCAUUGCUGGGGGACAUAAGUGAAGAUGUAAUUUGUGCACAGAUGGGUUUUAAAAAUGUGUAAAUAUUAAUGUAGGGUUUGAGGAAGAUUAAUAAUGUCUGGGCUUGGGAAGUUGUUGCUUUACUGACUAAUUGCAAUGUAAAAUAACACCUUCUCAUUUGUUGUAGAUAGUCAUUUUCACAUGUGCAUUUACUUCAUGAAUGUAAUGCCAACAAACAAACAGCAAAAACAAAACACAGGAAGAGUGCUCAAAGUGUGGUUAUCUAACCAAAUAAUAAAACCAGAAAUUGUAGUGUACAUGCAACAGGCCAGUAAUAAAGUGACAGAAUAAAUAUGUUGUGAUGUAAUUCAGGAAACUAGUGGGAGGACACAAAAAACACUUCAAAACAUGGCAACCAGAGUAGUGUUAUUGAUGAUUUUGUCAAAGUAAAUUGGGUUUUUAACCAUUUUAAUUUUUUAAAAUUUUGUUCUUACUAUUUUAUGAAUUCUUUGCUUAUGUAAAUGUGAUCUUUUGUGUUAAGAAUGGAUUAUUUGCUUGUUUAAAAUUAGUCAGUGUUGUGUAAGCUUACAAAAAAGAAAAAAAGAGGAAGAAAAAUUAACUUUUUUUUUUUUAAAUUGAAGUUUGUAAAUAUUGAGCUCGGCUUACAAAAAAAAUGCAAAAAAUAAAUCUACAAAAUAAAAAAAAUUAAAAA